AUGGUCGGACCAGUUGUGAAGCCAAAGAUCGUAAAGAAAUAUCGCGGACACUUCAAGCGCUUCGACUCGAACCGCUUCCUCCGUGUGAAGCCCUCAUGGAGACACCCAAGAGGUAUUGAUAACAGAAUGCGCAGAAGAUAUAAGGGCACUGGUCCAAUGCCACGCAUCGGGUAUGGAAGUGACAAAAAGACUAGAUUCAUGCUCCCAUGCGGUAUGUUCAAAUUUACCGUCCACAACACCACCGAGCUUGAGAUGAUCAUGAUGCAAAACAGAACCUACGCUGCUGAAAUCCACCACGCUGUCUCAGCCAAAAAAAGAAUGGAAAUCGUCGCAAGAGCUAAAGUCUUGAAUAUCAGAGUCCUCAACGGUGAUGCCAGAAUCAAGAAACAAGAAGUCGCCAAGUAA